CGCUGGGAGGGUGCCGCGCGCGUGAUCGCCGGAGCCCCCUUGCCUCCCGGCAGCCGAGGUGGCUGCACGGCCGCGCCGCGGCCGCCUCGCCGAGGAGCGGGGUGCGGGGGCGCAGGGGAGCGCAGGGGGGCGGGGGCGGUGGGGGUCGACGAGUUGGCCUCGUGGCGUGACGACGGGCGGGGCUGCGGGUCGCAGGCGUCGUGGCAGUACCAGCAGGAGCGCGCGCAGCGCUGCGCUCCGGCGGGGGCCGCGCCGGAUUGCGAGGAACCGCCGGAAGCCGCCGCCCAAGGCCCAGGCGGCGCCGUCUCCCCGCUGCGCAGUGGUGCGGAGGCGGCGCGGGCGCCGGUGGUCGGGCCGCCUGGCGACCCAGCUGCGGAGGCCGCGGCCGAGGCCUGCGCGAGGUGCGACCUGGGGCUGCCGCCGGGCGAGCGGGACGACCCCGUCGUGGUGCUCGAGGCGCUUUCUGCGGCGUGCCUGUCGCUGCGCGCAGCCGCCGCGCGCCGGGAAGCGGCGGCGGCCGAGAGUCUCGCGGAGAUGCGCGGCCGCCUCGCCGGGGCGGAGGCGAGGGCUGCGCAGCUGCGGCAGGCGC